AGCAUGGUGGCGCGACACUGACCGCUUCUCCCCGGUGGGGACGUCUGCGGGUCGGCGGCGGCCCGUGCCCCGGCGGGCAGGGGCGCGGGAUGACCGGAGUGUUGGAGAGCCUGGUGCCGGACAUGCACGCCAGCCAGAUCUCCGCCAGCAGCUACCACCAGCACGGCGGCCUGCACAAGCCGCAGGAGUCCCCCACGCUGCCCGUCUCCACGGCCACCGACAGCAGCUAUUACAACAACCAGCAGCAUGGGUCGGCGGGCGGGCCUCCCUACGGCCCAGUGGGCUCCUACCCCUACACAGGAGGCGGCACCGCCCCGUACUCCACCAAGGCUGCCUACGACCUGGGCUAUGUGGGCGCCUACGGAUCCUACGGGCCAUACGGAAGCAGGUCCUCUCCGGCCAACAACGACUCCGCAGAGAAGGAAGACUGCGAGCCGGAGAUCAGGAUCGUGAACGGAAAGCCGAAGAAAGUGCGGAAGCCUCGGACCAUCUAUUCCAGCUUCCAACUAGCAGCUCUGCAGCGGCGCUUCCAGAAAACCCAGUACCUCGCCCUGCCCGAGAGAGCGGAGCUGGCGGCCUCACUCGGCCUCACCCAAACACAGGUGAAGAUCUGGUUUCAGAAUCGCCGCUCCAAGUUUAAAAAGAUGUGGAAAAGCGGCGAGAUCCCGGCAGAACCGCCCCCUCGCCGCAGCGUCUCGCCGCCGCCUCCUGCCUCGCCCCCCGCCUGGGACUUCACCCCGCACCCGCGCACAGCGGGCGGCGCCGGCACCGCCAGCCCCAGCCCCGCCGCCGCCUUCCUCGGUAGCUACUCGUGGUACCCGCCGGCAGCCGCGUCGCUCCCUCAGCCAGCGCAGCCAGCGCAUCACCACGGCAGCAGCAUCUUCUAGACGCCGCAGAGACUUAAGCCCGCGGUGCCGAGCCCGGCAGCCGCGGAGCAUCGAGGUGCAGCACUGUUGUUUUGGUGAAGCCUGUCUCCGGCCGUCCCGGACGAGAACAGCUCCGCACCCCAUCCUAUCGCGCCAUCAGCGGCGGAUCCGCGGGGUCUGCCCUGCUGCCGCCAAAAUACCCACUCUGCGGAGCAAGCGCCCACCUUCCUCUCCCUCCGUCCCUCUUCCUUCUCCCCGGCUUUUGCAUCAAACCACCGGUGCAGAACUUUGGUUAACUUUAUUUUUUAUUUUUUUAAAGUUGCUAGGUGCCUUUGCAGAUAACCUCACUUUGAUGCUGGGGAUUAAAACAAAAUAAUUAAAAAAAAAAAAUAAACCCCACCAAACCCAAGAUACAUAAUUUUUAUAUGUAGAUUUAAAACAAGAGCCUCUCGUGUUUAAGUUACCCUUUUUCAUGGUGAACGAAACUGUACAGCGAUGGUCACAAGCGGCAGUGAGGGCGCGACUGUCUGCCCUGGUCCGGGGGCUCCCGCUCGCGCGGUGCCCCCAGGCGCCUUUCAG